AUGGAGUUUACUCAGGAUAAAUCUGAUCCCGGCUUCAACAAGUCUCUUGAAUCAAGACAUCUAGCAGUUCCUCCCUUUACUUACCAUUGUCGCGGAAAAGAGAUUGAGUUACCAGACAAAAGUCGUGCUUACGCAGUUCCAAAUGGUAGCCUGAGUCCCGCAAGUAUGGCAAUCGUUAUUGUACAUGACAUCUUCGGUUUCGCUAUCAAUAAUACUCGCCGUUUCGCUGAUAUGCUUGCCGACCAGACCAAUGCUCAUGUGCUUUUACCAGACUUCUUUCAUGGUAAACCAUGGUCUCUGGAUGAUUUCCCUCCAAGGCAUCCAGAGGCCUUCUCCGAAUGGCUGGAGAAAAUCAGCUGCUGGGAAGAUGUUUCAGCUGUAUGGCACCUUUCGUUCAUUUUUUGCUUGUCUAUUUCAGGGUAA